CUUGUCAUUUUUCUUUUCAAAAAUCAAAAUAAUAUGUAAGAACAUAGGUUAUUAUUAAAAAAUAUCACAAUUAAGACUUAACUAUCUAACAAAAAUAAGCACAAUGAAUAUUAUAAGGAGACAAAGUCAUAUUACCAGUAAUAUAUUUCGUGUAAUCGUUAAUGAAAUAAGAACGAAACCACAAAUUAUGAAUUUUUCUGAAUGUAGUAAAUCUUUAACUAAUUCUAAAUUGGUUAACUCGAAACUAAUUAAUUUUUCCUAUGAUAUAACACGUUCUAAAUCCAAAAAGAAAACUGACGCAGAUUCUGAUGAUGAGGCCGAAGUUUUUGAUGAUGAUAUUUCAUUGUCAAGAGAUUCUAAAGUUGUUAAAAUAACAACAACAUCUUUAAGAACUGAUGCUGUUCUUAAGUCCGCUUUAGGAAUAGCGAGAAACAAAAUUGAAAAACUAUUUUAUGAAAGCAAAAUCAGAGUUAAUGGUAAGAAGAUUUUGAAGAAAAGUAUGCCUGUACAAGUGGACUAUGAAUUAGAUGUAAUUAAAAGUAUUAGUCCAAAAAACCCAGAACAUUUGUAUAUAUCGAGAGUUGAAAUAUUAAAUAUAGUGGCAAAAGAAGAGAGCAUCAUAGUGACAGCGAGAAGAUUUAAAACACUCCUUAUAGAAAAUUAUGAAAAUGAUCCUUACAAACCAUCUACAUCAGAUGAAGAUCAAUAAAAAUUGUAUUAAGCAAUUUUUUAUUUACAAUAAUAGACAAAAUGUAUAAAUACAACUAGAAUAAUAAAACUAUAUACAUUAAUAUAA